AUGGCAAAUUACAAUACACUCUCACGCAACAUCGCCAAGUUCCCCGCCUCUCUGGCGAUAUUCAGAAGGUUCCUGCCGGAACAUGUACGCAAUAUCCUUUGCAUGCAAGCUGAGCUCGUUCACCUUGCAGGGCUUUUAGAGAUCAAUAUUGCAUUUGACAGCAAUUCCGAUGAUGAGAAGCGGAGGCAGUAUGAUGUUAACAUCAAUGCCUUAAAAGGACCCCAUGAGGACCCGGCUGAUGCUGAGCAAUGGCGAAUGACGCUGGAACUACGCCGGCUGUUGAAAGAAUAUGACGAGGCUUUACUGAUGCUUGCAAAUCUGUUUCGGCUGGCUCCUGUCAGUUCAGAGGACCUAUCAUGUCUUCAAGAUCUCCUCCACUCGCCCCUUGAACGCGGCAAACCAUUCCUCCAAGACUUUGAAUUUUUCACCUACAGUAAGGAAAAUCAAGCUGAUCUGACCUCCUUGAUGGGAAGCGAUGGAGAGAAAGAUAUGCUUACAAAGUGGGUUGACAAGUUCGUGAGGACUGUCUACCAUACGUACAUCGGACAUAGGUUUCAUGACCCCAUCUCAGUUUGCGAAGCAGGCGGUGAACACGGAGGGGAAGCAUUUUUGACAUACUAUUCUGAUGGCUUCAUCACGAAUGUGAUUGAUACACUGUCGACCAUCUUAUCAUCUGUACUUCCAACCAUCUCAGCCCUCGUUUUAUUUUUUAUUAACGACCCGUUGAUGAGAAUGAUCGCUUUGAUCGGUUGCACUCUUCUCUUCUCAACCACCCUGGCCUUGAUUGGGCGUGCAUCACGAGCAGAGUGUUUUGCAGCUUCCGCCGCGUUCACAGCAGUUUUAGUCGUGUUCUUGGGGACUUCUAAUGGAUCAGCGGCUUCUUGA